UCCUUACAUUCACAUCCGCAGCCUCCCUGUAAAGUACAGGCUGUGAUGGCCUCAUGUAGAGAGAACAUCUGCUGUGUCACAUGCAGCAGGACUGGGGUGGUCUCCUCUGUCCACUGGCUUCUGACAUGGUUCCUGGUGGUGCUGUGAAAUACCAUCCCUAACCCCAACUCUCUGUCUGCAGCCCAGGGCAACCAUGUGAGUCGGGGAUGGAGGCCGCUCGGCCGAACUCCACUGACUUCGUCCUCCUAGGCCUCAUCGCCCCACCGAUGCCGCCCGGGCUGAUCUUCAUGGUGGUUUUCUCCAUCUUCGUGGUGGCCGUCGUCGCCAACGUGGUCAUGGUGCUGCUCAUCCGUGUGGACCCCCGGCUGAACACGCCCAUGUACUUCCUGCUCAGCCAGCUCUCCAUCCUGGACACCGUCUACAUAUGCGUCACAGUCCCCAAGCUGCUCCAGGACCUGCUGUCCGAGCAAAGGACCAUCUCCUUCCUGGGCUGUGCGCUCCAGAUCUUCCUCUACCUGACCCUGAUGGGGGCCGAGUUCUUCCUGCUGGGCCUCAUGGCCUACGACCGCUACGUGGCCGUGUGCAGCCCGCUGCGCUACCCGGCGCUCAUGAACCGCAGGGUCUGCCUGUGCAUGGUGCUGGGUUCCUGGCUGGGCGGCUCCCUGGAUGGCUUCAUGCUGACCCCGGUCACCAUGAGUUUCCCCUACUGCGCAUCCCGGGAGAUCAACCACUUCUUCUGUGAGAUCCCGGCCGUGCUGCGGCUGUCCUGCACUGACACGUCGCUGUACGAGGCCCUGAUGUACGCGUGCUGCAUCCUCAUGCUGCUGGCGCCCGUCUCCAUCAUCGCCACAUCCUAUGCGCGCAUCCUGCUCACCGUGCACCGCAUGACCUCGGCCGAAGGCCGGCGCAGAGCCUGGGCCACCUGCUCCUCGCACGUCCUGGUGGUCAGCAUCUUCUACGGAGCGGCCUUCUACACCAACGUGCUGCCCCAGUCCUACCACACGCCCGAGCGGGACAAGCUGGUGUCCGCCUUCUACACCAUCCUCACGCCCAUGCUCAACCCGCUCAUCUACAGCCUGAGGAACAGGGACGUGGCCGCCGCGCUGAGGCGGGCGCUGGGGAGAUGCGCCUCCCCGCAGAGAGUCAGGGCCCGGCCGCACCCAGGAGAGGCCAGGCGGGGCACAGCAGCCCGGUGA